GCAGUGAAGCACCACUGCUGAUCCCUCUCCUGCGCGCGCAACCCCUAUCACAGCGCCAAUACCUUUUAUUUCACUCCCCUCGACGCGCAGAAUCGCAUCGCCAAUUCGCACCGCUUACUACUAGGUCGCUCCGUCACACCGCCAAAAUGCAUCGAACAUACUCUAUGCGCCAGACCCGCGCGCCAACGGCCUCGCAGCUUCAGAGUCCGCCGCCUCCGCCGUCGUCUACCAAGUCGGGUCGCUUCUUUGGAAGGGGAAGCUUGGGUCAUGCUCUCCGCCGCAAUGCCGGUGGCGCCUUUGGGCCAGAUCUGGCCAAGAAGCUAUCCCAGCUCGUCAAGAUGGAGAAGAACGUUAUGCGGAGCAUGGAGCUUGUGGCCAAGGAGCGCAUGGAGGUGGCUCAACAAUUGUCCCUCUGGGGUGAAAACACCGACGAGGAUGUCUCUGACGUCACCGACAAGAUUGGCGUUCUCAUCUACGAAAUCGGCGAGCUAGAAGACCAGUACGUCGACCGGUACGACCAAUAUCGCAUCACGAUGAAGAGCAUCCGCAAUAUCGAGGCAUCGGUUCAGCCUAGCCGAGACCGCAAACAGAAAAUCACCGAUCAAAUCGCCCAGCUCAAGUACAAGGAGCCCAACUCCCCCAAGAUUGUGGUGCUGGAACAGGAGCUGGUCCGCGCCGAGGCCGAAUCGCUCGUGGCAGAGGCUCAGCUGUCCAAUAUCACCCGCGAAAAGGUCAAGGCUGCGUAUACUUACCAGUUUGAUGCCCUGCGCGAACACUGCGAGAAAGUCGCCAUUAUCGCUGGCUAUGGCAAGCACCUGCUUGACCUGAUCGACGACACCCCCGUCACUCCCGGCGAGACGCGAGCGGCAUAUGAUGGCUACGAAGCCAGCAAGGCCAUCAUCCAGGACUGCGAAGACGCCCUCACAAACUGGGUCACUCAAAAUGCUGCCGUAAGCUCCAAGCUUUCCACUCGGUCGCGGAAUCUCUCCCAGCGACGGCGCAACACCAUCAGGGCUAGGGAAGAGGGCCACGAUCUAUCCCACCAAGAUGUCCCGUUGAACGACCAUGGCUCGUGGACACAACAAGGCGCCACAAUCGACAGCGAUGGUGAAGAGGCGGAAGAGGAGGAGGAGCGCCCUCACUCCGCCAUGGGUAGCGACGGUGGCAUGAACGGCGAGGCACGAGGUCGGACUCAGGAGAUCCUCGCCGCCUAAGGUGCGAACAUGAAGGUUGCAUGAGCACAGAGAAAAAGAAAGAUGGGAGGGGGGACAAAAUACGUUUGAGUAAAUAAAACCCCAGUCUUGGAAGCCGAGGACUAAUGCCGAUAAUGCUGCUUUGGGUGCCGCCGAGCUGGCGGGGGAGUUUUGGACAAGGCUGGAACAAAC